CAAAAAAGUAAUUGGCUGGACCAACAUUUGUGUAGUUGAAUGAUAGAUACAUGUGUUCGUUCUAAAAAAAAAAUUAUAGAUACAUGUAAACAUCACGAUUGAAGGCAUCAACAAAACCAUUACGUGGACUUCUAAAUUCCGCGUAUGUAAGCGACAAAUACAUGUACAGCAUCACGGCAUCAACAACACCGCCGCAAAGAAAAUAAUGGGUCAGGCAUUUCGUCGAGCAUCUGGAAGGAUCCGUACGCCUGCACCUCCAUCAUCAUCGUCUCAGCUGAAUAAGCCACUUGAUCGUAGCCAACCGGUGGCUCCUGUAAACAAUAAUCUUCCCAGCGGUGGUAAUGUUGACCCUAUCUCUGAUGUUCCACCAAGAACCAGUGCUGAUGAUGUAAUUGAGGAACGUGACUCUCAAUAUGAUGCCAUGCUUAACAAGAUGGUUGGUCGAAUUCAAACAAAACCUGGAGGGAAACUGGAGACAGGUGAGGCAUAUGUGGUGGACAAGUACAAUAGACCAAUGCCAAAACUAAGAAACACAACUCCAGAAUCGGGCAGAUAUGAACACAAACCAGCUGCCCCGGGCACCCUAAAUGUAGGCCAGCUUCGCCACAUCAUCCUUUUAUAUCAAGGAAAAGCCGAAGACCAUAAUGGGCCUAUGGAUGUCAACCAAAUAGCAAAAAGAUACCGUUUAGAUGUUUCUCAAGUUCAACAGGCUGUUCAGUUUCUUUCACUCCCACCAGAAUUUCUCAAUAAACCAAAACGGGAUCCAAGAUACAUAUAUUAA